AUGCCGGCCAAGAGAAAGACCGAUGGCGGUGUCGGUGCGCCUUCGCAUGCCGCCAGAAAGACCGUGGCUAAGACUACAUCAGUGCGCAAAGCACCUGCUAAAGAAGGGCCUCCUGCGGACGCCUCUGCUGCGAAAGACUCGUUACCUGAUCAGACCACAAAGGAAAACCCCAAGAUUGGGAGGCAAUCCCGAAGACCCCAUCACCAUGCAGACAGCUUCGACGCGGCGCUAGAGCCCUUUUACUAUGACAAGUCUCUGACAGAUCCUAUCGAUACUGCUCGAGACAAAUGGAACCUGCUCCCUGCGUUCUUGAAGGUGAAGGGGCUUGUCAAGCAACAUGUGGACUCGUUCAAUCACUUCGUCGAUGUCGAGCUGAAGAAGAUCAUCGACGCUGAGCCGAUCAUUACAAGCGACAUUGAUCCAAAGUUUUACAUCAAAUAUGAAAACAUCUAUAUUGGAAAACCCUGCAGGAACGACGAGAUGGAGAAGUUGUACCGAAGAGAGUUCAAGGAAUCGAGUGUCACCCCCAAUGAGUGUCGCCUGAGGGAUCUCACAUAUGCGGCUCCAAUUCUCGUCGAUAUCCGAUACACAAAGACGAAGGAUGCAUUUCGCACCAAGGCUGUGCCAAUCGGACGCUUGCCAUUAAUGUUGCGAAGUAAUAAAUGCGUUCUUGCCAAUAAGUCGGAAGCCGAGAUGUGCGCGAUGGAUGAAUGUCCUCUGGACCCCGGUGGCUAUUUCAUUGUCAACGGCACUGAGAAGGUCAUUUUGGUCCAGGAGCAGCUCAGCAAGAACCGAAUCAUUGUCGAGGCCGAUCCAAAGAAAGACCUGAUUACUGCUUCGGUCACCAGCUCCACUCAUGCAAGAAAGUCAAAGAGUUAUAUUGUGCUCAGGAAGGACCUCCUAUACAUGAAGCACAAUAUUCUCAAGGAAGAUAUACCCAUUUGUGUUCUGUUGAAAGCAAUGGGUGUCUCUUCCGAUAUGGACAUGAUGAAUAUCGUUGCUGGCCCCGACCCAACCCUACAAGACGACUUCGCGAUCAACUUCGAAGAAACGAUCAAGAAUCAAAUCCAUACCCAACAACAGGCCCUAGAAUACAUUGGAGCACGUCUCAAGAUUACUGCCAAGUCGACCCCUUUUGGGCAAGCUCGCAGAAAUUUCGUUCAGGAAGCUGUCGAAGCUAUCAGUACCGUCUUCAUUGCUCAUGUUCCAAUAGAGGAUCUCAACUUCAGGCCCAAGGCCCUCUAUGUAGCACAUAUGGCACGCCGCGCUCUGAUGGCAAAGCGGAACCCGGCCCUAGUCGACGAUCGAGAUUACGUUGGCAACAAGCGCCUGGAGCUGGCAGGGCAAUUACUUUCUCUGCUCUUUGAGGACUUGUUCAAAAAGUUCAAUUACGACGUCAAGAUGAAGAUUGACAAAGAGCUGAGGAAACAAAAUAAGACCGCCUUGGCAGAUCCUGUUAGGAUCAUGGUCGGGGCGUCAGGAAAUAUCACUCAAGGCAUGAACAGAGCAAUCGCCACUGGCAAUUGGAACUUGAAGCGUUUUCGAAUGGACAGAGCUGGUGUCACUCACCUCCUCAGUCGAUUGAGCUUCAUCGCAUCUCUCGGCAUGAUGACCCGAAUUUCGAGUCAAUUUGAGAAGACCCGCAAAGUCAGUGGCCCUAGGGCGCUCCAGCCAUCAUCGUUUGGCAUGCUUUGUCCAGCAGAUACGCCUGAAGGUGAAGCUUGUGGUUUGGUCAAGAACCUAGCUUUGAUGACACACAUCACAACAGAUGACGAAGAGGCACCGAUCAAACGACUUAUCUUUAUGCUAGGCGCUGAAGACAUAGUUACAGUUGGCGGAUCAGAACUCUACGCCACUGGGUCGUACCUCGUGCUGUUGAAUGGCACUCCUGUCGCCGCUACCCGCCAGCCCUCACAUUUUCUAUCGUCGUUUCGACGUCUGCGCAGAUCCGGACGAAUCUCCGAGUUUGUAUCAAUCUUCAUCAACCAUCACCACAACACGAUCCAAGUGGCAACAGAUGAAGGUCGGAUAUGCCGGCCCCUGAUUAUUGUUGAGGAUAAGAAAUCCAAGGUCACCAAACGGUACUUGAAGUCCCUCAGACAGGGAUCGAUGGACUUUGACGACUUUCUGGCGCGCGGUCUCGUGGAAUAUCUGGAUGUCAACGAAGAAAAUGAUAGCAAUAUCGCCAUGUAUGAAUCCGACAUCAAUUCAACAACCACUCACUUGGAAAUUGAACCCUUCACGAUCCUUGGGGCAGUUGCAGGGCUGAUUCCAUAUCCUCAUCACAACCAGUCGCCCCGGAACACUUAUCAAUGCGCCAUGGGGAAACAAGCUAUCGGUUUCAUUGCCAACAACCAGUUCUUAAGGAUCGAUACCUUGCUGUAUCUAAUGGUCUAUCCUCAGAAACCCCUCGUGAAGACGAGGACCAUCGAACUGGUCAAAUACGACAAACUCCCUGCUGGUCAGAACGCGACGGUGGCUGUCAUGUCGUACAGCGGUUACGACAUCGAGGAUGCCCUCGUCCUCAACAAGGCAUCGGUUGACCGCGGUUUUGGUCGCUGCCAGGUCCUUCGCAAGUACCCGGUCACCAUCAAGACUUAUGCGAAUGAGUCCUCCGAUGUGGUUUACCCUCCUUCCAAGAAUGAUGACGGCACCAUAGCCAGAGGUCAUGCUCUACUAGACUCAGAUGGGGUGGCGUCUGUCGGUGAGAAAAUCAGUAGCGGAGAGAUCUACGUCAACAAAUAUGUGCCCAGGAACGCCAACUCUUCGGGACUGUCAGAAAAUGGCUCUGAUAGUCCUCGCGCUUUUGGGUGGGACCCACAGCCACAGAAAUAUCGUCUUCCGGACCCCAGUUACAUCGACAAAGUCAUGGUGACUGAAACCGAAGCCGGUAAUAAAGUUAUCAAGAUUCAGACGCGGCAGACGAGGGUCCCAGAAGUCGGCGACAAGUUCUCGUCCAGACACGGACAAAAGGGUGUUGUGGGAAUCAUUGCCGAGCAAGUCGACAUGCCAUUCUCAGAUCUGGGUAUCACGCCAGACAUCAUCAUGAACCCUCACGGCUUCCCCUCUCGAAUGACGGUAGGCAAAAUGCUGGAGCUCGUUUCCGGCAAAGCAGGCAUCCUCAAGGGAAAAUUCGAGUACGGCACCGCGUUUGGGGGCAGCAAGCUUGAAGACAUGUCCCGCGCCCUGAUCGAAGCGGGCUACAGUUACGACGGCAAGGACUAUCUCACCUCUGGCAUUACCGGGGAACCCUUACCUGCCUACGUCUUCACGGGCCCAAUCUACUAUCAGAAACUCAAACACAUGGUCCAAGACAAGAUGCACAGCCGAUCUCGUGGGCCCCGAGCCAUCCUCACGCGUCAACCUACAGAAGGGCGUUCCAGAGACGGCGGUCUACGACUGGGUGAAAUGGAACGCGACUGCCUCAUCGCGUACGGCGCGUCCCAACUGCUCCGCGAGCGGCUCAUGUUGUCAAGCGAUCAGCACCAGGUGGACGUCUGUGAAAAUUGCGGGUUCAUGGCCUUUGCAAGAUGGUGUCAGCGGUGCAGCAAGGCCGGCGAACCGGGCUCCAACGUGGUCAGGAUGACGCUGCCGUAUGCAUUCAAGCUCUUGCUCAACGAACUGGGCAGCAUGAACGUCAAUACCAGGUUGAUUGUGUCUGAUGAGUUUCCUGCCGACGGCUCGAGGAGGGCUUGA